UCUUGUCCUCUCUCAUAAUAAUAACACACUAGUAGUACUAGUACUACACAAAAAGAUUCCUUCUUUUUCUAUCCAAAAUCCCACACUGCAUGUAACAACAAAAAUAACUUUCUUCAUAUUUCUCUUCCCAAAAACUCCAUGGCUUCAGAUUCCAAUUCAAAUCUUAGAAUCACCAUUGAAAGAAACCCUUCUCAGUCACGUCUAGCUGAAUUAAACAUCAAAUGUUGGCCUAAAUGGGGUUGUUCACCAGGAAAAUACCAAUUGAAAUUUGAUGCUGAAGAAACAUGCUAUUUAUUGAAAGGAAAAGUGAAAGCAUACACAAAAGGGUCAUCAGAUUUUGUAGAGUUUGGAGCUGGAGACCUUGUCACCAUUCCAAAAGGACUCAGUUGUACUUGGGAUGUUUCUGUUGCUGUUGACAAGUACUAUAAAUUUGAAUCUUCUUCUUCUUCUUCAUCUUCACCAUCUUGUUAAUUAUUACUAUAUUAUUAUAUUAAUGUUGUAUUUAAUUUAAUUUAAAUUAAAAUUAUAUACAAUAUAAUAUAAUUCA